UUCAUCCUUAUAAAUAAAUAUACAUACUUACAUAUAUAUAUAUUUUGGAAAAUAUAACUUGAUAUAUAUAAUGGCUGUUGUAACUGCUGUGAUUGAAGUCCCUUCUUCUCUUCCCGCUCCUAAACUUUUCAAGCUUUUAAUUACAGACUUUACCAAACUUGCACCUAUUGCCGAACCACAGACUUACAAAUCCGUUACCACCAUCGAUGGCGUCAAUCACGUAACAUUCAGUGACGAGUGCAAAUUCAACAGUGCUAAGAUCAGGUUUGAUGCCAUGGACGCAGAAAAGCUCACUGUUAGCUACACUAUCAUUGAGGGUGACACCUUGUUGGGCAAAGUGGACAACGCCCCUUUUCACGUUGAGUUCAUUCCUUCUGCUGAUGGAGGGUGUGUAUACAAGCAGACAAUGGUGUUUAAUUGCAAGGGUGAUUCUAAGCUGUCUGAAGAAGAAAUAAAGGAAACUAAAGAGUGGUACACAAACACAGUUAAGGUGUUUGAGGCUUAUGCCAUUGCCCAUCCUGAAGUUUGCUAAAUUAUAUUCUCAUAUUGAAUCAACGGAGAAGCUUCUGUUUCUAUUAUAAUUAAUGUGUGUGCUGAAUAAUGGAAAUGGUUCCACUAGUAUGUUUUCAACCUCUCUAUAUGUACGUUCUCAUAAACAAGUUGCAUGUAUACCCCAUGAAAAUUAAAAUUUCAUAUAUACUCAAUUUUAACAUUCUAAUUACAUAUAUAAAAUUUCAUAUUUACUCAA